CGAAGCAGAAAAAGAACUAUGUACGUAGAUCUUUCACAAGUCUGAUCUGAACUCUCUAUGGGAUAAUGGAUCUAAUUAACUAUCGCUAGUUAUUUUAGAAGGCAAAACACUCAUGAAGCAGGCACUAUUUGGAUAUUUAUGAGCCUCAUAUUUCACUAACAGUGAUUUCAGGACUGUGUCAGGUUUUGGAUGGAUUCAGCACCUGAGGUAUUAUUUCCUCGUGUAGUCGGGGACCUCAGGGAUCUGAAUCCUGUACAACAGCGGGAAGAAAAUGGUCAAGUAUUUUUGUAGUAACGCAGACAUCAGGAGCGCGUGGGACCAUGUUGUCGCUGCUUUCUGGCAGAGAUACCCUAACCCAUUCAGCACCCAUGUCCUCACAGAGGACGUUGUGUACCGGGAGGUGACCGCGGACCACCGGCUGCUCUCCAGACGCCUCCUGAUGAAGACCAAUCGGCUUCCUCGCUGGGCGGAGCGGAUCUUCCCCUCCGGCAUGUCUCGCUGCGUGUACAUCAUUGAGGACUCCAUCGUGGACCCCAUCAACAGGAAGCUGACCACCUACACCUGGAACCUCAACCAUACAACGCUCAUGUCGGUGGAGGAGCGUUGUAUUUUCCAAGACUCCGCGGAGCAGCCGGCCUCCACCCAGAUGAGACGGGAGGCGUGGAUAUCCUCAAACGUUUAUGGCGUCUCCAGACCUAUCCAGGAGUUCGGAUUGGCCCGAUUCAAGAGCAACCAGGUGAAGGCCAUGAAAGGGCUGGAGUACGCGCUCUCCAACAUACAGGGAGAGACGCCCCAGCGGCCUCUCAGGGACCCGGUGAAGGCCAAGGGGGUGGCCAAGAGCCUGGCUUCAGCUGCGUCGGUCCCACAGAAACCCCCGCAGUACGUCUGAGGGGCCGCAGUGUGGAGCGCUGUGCAGGUGACAUGAACUCAACACCACGCCUUUUCAUCUCCUCCAUCUCCUCCACUGGACUGAGGGGUUCUGGGAUCUCGCUGAUCGGCGGUUCUUUUGUGUGUUCUUGAAGUAUGAAGCAGCUACCGUGACCUUUCUGUCGACGUUGCGUCUCAGGUCCCGAGCCUUCGUCUGAAACAUAUCGUCUCUGUGGGAAAUUGUUUCGGAUUGUGAUCAGCAGCACCUGUUAACACUGUAACUACGUCAUGUUUAUAAAUGCACAUUUUCUUGUCUUGCCAUGUAUGUAAUUUAUCUAUUUUAAUUUAUUCAUCUUAUUUUCAUGUAAAACGAUAAAACUCUUCUUAAACAGUUGCACACUUUGCAAUAAUAUAUUAUUAUUAUUGGUUCAUGCUCUGAUACUGUGACUGUGUAACUUUAGUUAAGCUUAAACAACUAAAGGACAAGGAUAAGGAAUUGUGGAAUAUUCAAAGGGUGAACCCCUAUGGUCGAUUUCUUACUUAUUUAACAUUUUCUGGGGUUGAGACUCUUCGUGUCACUUUCAAACACAUCACACAGUGUGUUGUAUGAGUGUCGGCACGCAGAGUCCUCUGUAAUACUGCACAUAACAAUAAAACACUUGGUUUAAAAGCUACUGGUACCGAAGCUCUGAUAAUCACAAGAAACCAAAGUGACCUAUAUAAAAAUUCAUAGUGAGAAGGUUUUCGACACUGAGGUCGUUAAGGAACACUUUUUAUAUCAUUUCCUGUGUGUAUGAAGCUGAAGUAGUACUGAUUAUGACAUUUGAAAGAUGUCAGUGAUUGCAUUCCCUUUUUCUAGAUGGACAUUUCUGGACUUUGCUGCUUCAAGACUUGAACUAUAAUAGUUUUAAAUAAUAUUAUAUUAGAUCUAUAAUCAUGUGAUGUAUGAAUGCUUAUUUAGUAUACGGGGUAUAUCUAGAGAUAUUAUAAGUACGGAGUAAGAAAUGUAAAAACAGAAGGGUUUAGAUUUUUAAUUAAAAAAUAUAAUAUUUUUUGUUACUCAUUCAAAAACAUUUUAAACCAACCUUACAAGUUUGGAGUCUGUCGUCUUGUUUUUUCAUUGUGAAAUUAUGCUUUAUUAAAAUGUGAUAAGUUAUUGAUUUAAAUGUGCCUCUCUUGAGUUUAUCACUUUCUCUGCUGUCACAAAAAGAUGAACUCUGACCUUUUCAAACCAGUUACUAUUCCAGAUCAGUUUCACAGCUGCACAAACAGGAAGCCCUUUAACAUCUGAACACAGAUCUGCAUAUUCCCGCUGCUUUGUUGUCACAGCGCUUCAUAAAUCAUUCACCAGGCAAUGAUGAGGCCGCGUAUGUAUAAAACAUUUUAAUUAUAUUACAAUGAGAGAAUACACAAUACCUUCCAUGUGUUUGCUAAAAUGUAGCCAGCACCAGGUACACGUCGUGUACACACACUCACACAAAACAAAUAAAAGGAACUUAUAUAUAUAACAUCUUCUGAAUGCAUUUUACACAUUCGCUAAAAAGGAACAUAUUCACAGGUCUCUGGCACAGAACUCUCCCUUCUCUGCACAAUAUGUCAGCCCAAAACUAACUCCUCUCACCCCCCCCCCCCCCACCCCCCUCCACUACAAAUCCCAGCAAGCCUCUGGGUACAGAAGAUGAAACACAAAAAAAAGGAGAAAAGACAAAAAGGCUGGGGGUCUGGAUAGCGGGAUGCUGACCUAAAGCCUACAAGUAGUUAAAGCUAGUCGCCUGAAAUCACAUUACAAAUCAUUCUGCAUGGAAGGUUUAAAAAGUGACCUUUUUUUUUUGGCAGGAAUAAUAUUUAAUGGGAGUGUCUGUUUAUGUAAGAACCACAGCUGAGCAAUAGGAUGGUGGUUCUGUUUCUGAUUUCAUCCCACCCCCUCUCUUUCUCUCUCUCUCUCUCUCUGCCUGCUGACUUCCCCAAAUAUCACACUGUGCUUUUGUGCUCUUAGAAAAAACCCAACACGCUGAAGUAAAUCUCUGUGCAACAGCAACAUGAAAGCAAAUAUCAAACCUCGCCUGUGCUCGCUCUGAUGACUCUUAAAUCGUGCUUUAAUCUCAAAAGCAGUUUUAAUGAAGAGUCCCAUAAAUAUGAACCUUAUUUUAUAAAGAAAGAGGCAGUAACAUCUUCUGUUUCCUCUUAAAGGGGCUUUAACCUGAUUGAACCGUCUUCAUUUAUUUGUACAAUCUCUGAAAAUAACUUUUUUUUUCAAGGCACAUCAUUAAAAGAUUGUCCAUAAACACUAUCCAUCCAGCAUUCAGACUAAAUGUUACCGCGUCCAGUCAGCUGUUCAAAGCCCUUCUGAGUGUGCUAUGUACAUUUUUCAAUAAUGCCAUUUAUUAUAAUCUCAUAUCUGGCCCUCGUCCCAUUCACUCGGUCAUGUUUCCGCUGGGAGGUUCUGUGCAAGAGAAUCACUUUAUGCAUUCAUCUGGUUCGCUUCGUUGUUCAUUUCUGACAUUUCUGAUACAGUCAUGUACAAAUCCAUUGACAUAAAUGUAAACUCUUGAUGACAAAUAUAAAAAAAACAGCUUUUCAAACGUUUUUUUAAACUCUAGUUUUUUUCGUUGCCCUCCUGCAGUGUAUGGAGAGAGUGCAGAUAGGAGGUCAUCAAAACAAAAUGUAGAGUUGGUCACCAUAAAAUGCACCAGAGUCAAAAGCCAAACCACCUGCUUGCCUUUAAACCCCCCCCCCCGCCCACCCUCAGAAAGCACGAGAUGGUAAUAUUGCUGUGUCUCAAGAGGUCCCCUGAUCAGCGGGUAACACUUUUACUGGGACGGACCACUGGGAGCGCGGAGGAUUACACCUUUAAGCUGCCAUCGAUUGGAUUAUUUUAUCACUCCCAUCCCAGUGACUCCCAUUGAACGAACAAAUAGUCAACAAAGAACAAAAGUAAAAUAACAAAAACAAAAUAAAAACUUGCUUCAAGCCCAGAAGUUUUGAGCCCCGUUGGUGGCCAUUGGGGGCGCCUGGAAGCUGCCAUGGGAGUUUACCAGUGUGUGGUUUUGAAAACAUGUUCUGUGACAGAGGCAGCGCUGGCAGAAGAGCGGGCGUCAGGGUCUUUGGGGGGGGGGGGGGGGGGUGCCUAAAACAACAGUAGAGAGAGGGGCUUUUUUUCAAAUGUAUUUAUAAUGAGAUCUUCUCUUCAAGUGCCCAUUGCUCAUGGAAGUGUUUUGGCAUGGUAAAGGGUGGGACAAAGAGAAGGGGGAGUGUGACCUGAGUAGGGAGCGAGGGUGAGGAGGAGGUGAGGUGGGGGGGGGGGGGGAGGAGGAGGAGGUCGAAGGCUCACCAAGGCACAGAAUGACAGCAGGAGAGUCACCCAAGGGAGAGGGGCCAGUGUAUCAGCUCCCCUGCCCCCACUCUCCCUUCAACAAGCCUGACCUCACGUCCGUCUGUCUCUCAUAUAUAUUUAUAUUUAAUAUUUAUAUAUAGAUAGAUAUACUCGCUCUUUUUUGUCUUUUCAUUACAAGAGAACAUUUAUGAAAAUAUAAUACAAAAUGUAAUACAAGAAAUAUAGACUACACUGGCUAACGUCACUUUGAGUGACAUGUUGCUUCUUUUGUUUUUUUGUGUGUCUUUUGUAGUUUUUUGUAUAGUUUUUUGGCAGACCUGCCAUGGUGGACAGGUCUCUUUUUUUUUUUUUCAAGUGUUUGAAUGCCAAGCUCUAAAGACUGCCAGACUGAGGCCUAAUGAUUAUUAAAUGGUCAGAGAGCGACAGAAGCGCCCCUUCCGUCAAUAGUGACUAUCGUGAAUAAGUUACAAGCCCUGGAGACAAGUAACAGAUAGCAGAGAAAAAUAACAAUUAGUCUUUGUUAAAGAAAUGAAACUGAAUGUGAUUAGUUAUAAGCUAAAGCAAACGCCUCUACAGAGAACACGUCCUUAGAGCUGGCUUUUUUUUAAAUUUUUUUUUUAUCUUUUACAUUUCUCUCUCCAAAUGCACAGCUUUGACUUGUUAAUCAGAAAGACAGACACACAUCCGGACACACCUAAAUACUGUUGAAAAAGCAACAAAGCUGUAGAGGAAUGGGAAUUCUGGGUAAAUG